AUAUGUGGAGAGAGACUAGAGAGUCCAUGGAGGACUAUUGCAGAGGUCCAAUGUUUUUUUUUUCCCUCUCUUGAAUCUCUGAGUGGGUUCAACCACCACCUACCUCUCUAAAUCUCCCCAUAUGCUUAAAUGGAUACCAUCAAUUCAUUUAUCUGCUCCUCCUUUUAGUCUGCUCCAUCUCUCUCUCUCUCUCUCUCUCUCUCUCUAACAUGGACAUUACUCUUCCCACACGCUUUUGCUAAUAAUAAAGCCACCACCAAACAACAUCGGAACAUCCAUAGUUUAGAAGUUGGUUCAAUGUACAUGGUGGUCUGGUGGUCCGUUUGAUCCCCCCGCCCAACACUAUCAAGAACCACCAAAAGAAUCCUUAGAACCACAAGAAACCCCACUUCCCAAACGCUUUUCCCUUUCCUCCUUAUAGCAUUUCUAAAACUCAGCAUUAGGGGAAAAAAAAAGAGUUCCCAGAAGCAAGAAGUGCCGCCGUAGAAAGAACGAAGCCCUGAAUGCUCCUUCGCUGACGUUUUGCAGCGAAGGUGACCGCUGAGGCAGUGGCGGGAUUUCACGUAGGAUAUGGACGGAGUAGCAGCGAGAUCGAGAAGGGUGCUCUCUUUAUGCGGGAGGCUCAUGAACGAGGUGGUGAGCUUCUUCGUCUUCUCUCUCCUGGACCUGCUGGACGCUGCCCUCUGCCUCGCCUUCAAGGUCUCCGACUUUCUCGCCGAGGCCGAGUGGAAGCCCUGCUACUGCUCCGCCUCCUCCGCCAGGGAGGCCAUCCACGGCGCUGCUGGUGGCGAGAUCCUGGUCUCCGAGCGCGGCGAGUCCAAUAUCGUGUGCCUCAGCUCGGGGGGCGGCAGUGGCAAUGUCAAUAAGAUCCGGCUCGACCAGGUAUCCGACACGCUCUACACGAGGCCUUCGAAACUCCAGGAGGUCUCAGAGUCCAUAAAGCGGUUGUACGAGAAGAGGGGGAAGGAAAGGGCGGCGAAGGCCGCGACUAUGUUCGCGGUGGACUCCGCUGUGGUGGAGAUGCUGCAGGGGAGGAUGGUGCGGAAGCAGCCGCAUCCGAUCCGUCGGUGGUCAGACUGCGACUGCGAGGAUUGCACGUCGUGGGCAUCGCGGAGGAGGAGGAGCCUCUUUGUCAAAGUCGCCGGAGCUAAAGGAAUGUCAGAAAAACCCCGUGAAGACGUGCUUUUCAUUCAUGGCUUCAUCUCAUCCUCUGCAUUCUGGACGGAGACGCUGUUCCCGAACUUCUCCGACUCGGCCAAGUCCGCAUACCGGCUCUUCGCCGUGGAUUUGCUCGGGUUUGGGCGGAGCCCGAAGCCAAGCGACUCGCUCUACACGCUGAGGGAGCACUUGGACAUGAUCGAGCAGUCGGUGCUCGAGCCCUACAAGGUCAAGUCCUUCCACAUCGUGGCUCACUCCUUGGGCUGCAUCCUGGCCCUCGCGCUUGCCGUCAAGCACCCUGGCUCAGUCAAGUCCCUAACCCUGCUCGCGCCGCCCUAUUACCCGGUGCCCAAAGGCGUGCAGGCGGCACAGUAUGUGAUGAGGAGGGUGGCGCCGCGGCGGGUGUGGCCGCUCAUCACGUUCGGCGCAUCGCUCGCAUGCUGGUACGAGCACAUCACCCGGGCAUGGUGCCUGCUCGCCUGCAAGAACCACCGAUUCUGGGAGCUCCUCACCAAAAUCAUCACCAGAAACAGGAUCAGGACGUUCUUGUUUGAGGGGUUCUUCUGCCACACCCACAACGCGGCGUGGCACACGCUCCACAACGUCAUCUGCGGCAUGGCCGGCAAACUCGACGGCUACCUAGACACGGUGCGGGACCACCUGAGGUGCGACGUGACCAUCUUCCACGGCAAGGACGACAAGCUCAUCCCCGUUGAGUGUAGCUACAGCGUCCAGAGGAGGGUCCGCCGAGCCCAUGUGAAGGUGAUCGAGAACAAGGACCACAUCACGAUCGUGGUCGGGAGGCAGCGGGCGUUUGCGCGGGAGCUCGAGGAGAUUUGGAGGAAAUCGAGCGGCUGAAUCGAUCCUCUAAGUCUUUAGUCGCCACGGAGGAGCUGAGGAGUACAUGAUCAUUCGUUACCGAUAGAUGUUCUACCAAAAUCAAAAUUGGAACUGAAGUUGCUCGAAAUUGGAUAGGCCUCAGGCCCCUAUUGUUUGAUGUGUGAAAUACGAUCAAUUGCAUAUAUUAACGGAGUUGAUGAGAUCUGAG